AUGACGGGCUUCGUGGCGUUGGUCUUCUGUGUGGCAGCUCUGACAGCAUGGAGGGUCCCUGCAGAUGCCAAGGAGUUAACCAUUACCACCAUAAAGCAAGAGCCGUACACCGUGAGCCGCGGCUCUGAGCUGGAGGGCUACUGCAUCGAUCUGAUCUCGGAGCUCUCCAAGGAGCUGGGCUUCAAGUACAAACUGAGCCUGGUGAAGGACAACCGCUACGGAGCCAUGGACGCCAGCGGCACCUGGAGCGGCAUGAUAGGCGAAGUCAUCAGAGGGGAGGCCGACCUGGCGGUGGCUCCGCUGACCCUCACCGCGGUCAGAGAGGCGCAUGUGGACAUGAGCACCCCCUUCAUGCAAACGGGAAUCAGCUUCCUCCUGCGCAGAGACUCGGCCUCCGAAGAGAGCAGCUUCAGUCUGCUGUCGCCCUUCUCCACCGACAUGUGGGUCGGCAUCCUCGUCGCUUUCCUGCUGACGGGUCUCUGCAUUUUCCUGGUGGGCAGGAUCAGCCCCACUGAAUGGGCUGAGCCCGACAGAGAAGAGCACAGCUUCACAUUGCUGCACAGCUUCUGGUACAUCACAGGGGCUCUCACCCUGCAAGGUGCUGGUCCUCACCCUAAAGCCCCGUCUGGACGUCUAAUCAGCGCCAUCUGGUGGCUGUUUGCUGUACUGCUUCUGGCCUGCUACUUUGGCAACUUCAGCUCCAUGUUGCAGUCCAACAGCAAACACGUCUCCAUCAAGACUUUUGAGGACCUCGCGAACCAGGACGUGAUGGACUACGGCACUGUCGAGGCUGGAUCCACCAAGUCUUUCUUCAAGAAUUCCAACAACCCCGUGUACCGCCGCAUCUACGAGCACAUGGAACGCAAGAAGAGCUACGUGUCCAGCAUGGAGGAGGGCGUCCGCCUCGCCCAGGGGGGGAACUUUGCCUUCAUCGGUGAGGCCGUGUCUUUGGACUUGGCGGUGGCCCGGCACUGUAAACUGAGCCGCUCAGAGGAGGCCAUCGCUAUGAGAGCCUACAGCAUCGCGGCGCCUCUGGGCUCCCCGCUGGUCAAAAACCUGACCAUGGCCAUCCUCAAGCUCAGUGAGUCCGGUGAGCUCACGUAUCUGCGGCAGAAGUGGUGGGCCAGCAGCUGCGUAGCCGUCGACGGGGCCCACACCUCCGAGGCCCUGCGGCCUCACGAUCUACGGGACCUCUUCCUCCUCCUGGGACUGGGACUUGGCGUCGGGCUCCUGCUGGCCCUGCUGGAGCUCGUUUCCAGGGCCCGCAACCAAGCUAAGGAGGGCAAGAAAUCGUGCUGCUCGGUGAUGACAUCAGAGCUAAGCCGGCGAUUUGGCAGCAAGGGGGAGAGUGCAGAGCAAGACGACUCAGACAAAAGCAAAGCCUGA